UUAGAUUUAUAGUUGUUAAAUUAAACCAUUAAAUGAGGAUCUCUGAUGUCAUAGCCACCUUUACUUUACAAGCCAUGAAGUUGAAACUUGGCAACAUCUAAGCGUAGACCGGUUAAUUCUGACAGUUCUCAUUUAUUUUUAAAUGUUUUUAAAUAAUAUUCACUGUAUUUACAGAAAAACUCGAAACAUUUUACAAUAUUUCGUGCUCCAAAUUAUAAAGAAUAUUAAAAGAUGCCAAGCCGUUGCUGUGUGCCAGAGUGCAAAAGCAAUUACGAUAGCAGUCUUAAAAAGAAUGAACAACCAGAAAGCACUUUUUUAUUUCCAAAGGAUCCAAAGCUGCGAGAACUUUGGUUACAGUGUAUCCACAGGAAAAAUUUUGUUAUUGGAACAUCAGCGGUAGUAUGUGCCAAACAUUUUUAUUCUGAUGACAACGAGAGAGUUAGAGAAUGGGUAGAUAAGGAAGGCAACAAACAUGUAGAGAAAUUAACGAAUCCUAAGUUAAAACCUUCUGCAGUUCCUCGCAUUUUUCCAAUUCAGGAUGUUUCUAAAUAAGUGCGAAAAACUUUAAAGGGAAAGGAACAAAAUGCAAAAUUUUGACGCCUGUCAAAAUUUUCAGUGUAUUUUAAAUGCAAUCAUUUUUUCGAAUUCUGAGAAAACUAAUAAGUAUUUUUGAAAAAUUUAAACGCUGAAUGAAAGAUUACUUUAUUACCGAGGGCCGAAAGUCCCUUAGAAUGAAUGAAAGGUUGUUUUUGAAUGACAUAUUUGAAACUAAAAAUCACACUAAAUUUUCUUAACUUUUCGCCCCUGUAACUUAUUAAAAUAAACAUAGAAGUUUUCAGGGACUUUCGGCCCUCGGUCCUAACGUAAUCUUUCAUUCUGCGUUUAAAUUUUUGAAAAAUACUCAUUAGUUUUCUUAGGAUUCGAAAAAAAUUAAUCCCAUGUAUAUUCUUGUUAUUGGUUUUUUUUUGUAUAAUAAACGUUACUUACAAGGAA